AUGAUGAACUCCACCAACGGAUCGGCGGCGGCACCAUCCGGUAUCGGUGGGGGUGAGGCCUACUUUCGGCCGUUGCCGUGUUUGGACGAGAAAUGGAUCAAGGCGGACGUGGGUGCUGCGCUGCGGAAUGCAGAGGACUUGGCCAACCUGUGGAACCACCUCAUCCAGGACGAGCAAGUCACCACUGAACGGGCUCACACGGCGCUCAACGCAAACGGUGACGUUGCCUAUUCGCGCCCCGAUGGUCGUUUCUACUGCGGGGCGGCCUGUCUGACUUGCUCCUGCUGCAAAGGAGUCUGCGGAGCUGUUUCGAACUGCAUAUGUUCCGCUUGCCAGACACUGGAAUUGGAAGGAGCCGAUUCGUUGGGCGCCAACGGAAGCAACGUGGUAAGUAAUGGCGCAGCAAGGCAGAAAAACGCGCCACAGAACCAUACCCAAUCGCCCAGUGAAGCUCCACCGAGUAGCGCAAGCUCCGUCCUGCUGGAUUCCUGGCUGUGGAGCCCCGUCCCUGGUACGGAGGAUAAGAAAACCUGCAUAAAGAAGCUAAUUGGCGAACAAAGAGAAAUCUGUCUGCAGGCGGCCAGUAACUGCCUUUCAGCCAACCGCACCCGCCAACUGCUCUACGUAUACCGUCGGUAUUUCAUAGCGUUGCAGCGAUGCAAACCAGACGAACGGACAGACGAGAAGCAACAUUCCGCGGAUCUGACCACCAGCGAGUGCGAUGCCGCGAAGUUAAGCAAAAACUCUAGCCUUGACCGGCCUACCGGAUCGGGAAAAGAUUCCGACAAGGCAACGUUCGGACUAGCUCGAGUUGGCACACGAGCGGCGUUGAAUUUUUCGUUUGCCUUUUUGCGACGCGCCUGGCGCUCCGGCGAGGAUGUCGAGCUGUGCAGCGAGCUGCUUUCGGAAGCACUGGAAGCGCUGCAAUCUCUUCCGGAAGCGUCACUCUUCGACACAUCCCACAUGUCGACGCUUUGGAUUGAGGUGGUGGAAAAGUCCAUUAAAUUCUUGCGCCAGGUCGUUCUGGGAGAUGUCAUGGGUGGUCGUUGUCUCGUACCGAAAGCAGAUCGCCAUAUUGCGCUCAACUUGCUGCUGGAGCUUGGAGCUCAAAAGGGCACGCUCGGAGGCUCCCUCGAGGGAGUAUCUCUGCUGUUGACGCUCCACGAAAAAGACCAACAAACGGAUGACAAUCGAAGCCCUCCCCAGAACUCAGGCGCCCCGCUCGUUCCGCUGCUGCACCGAUACGAACAGAUGGAUAGCUUUGGAUCGUUCAGCACGACCGAGUCGUUCCACUUUGGCCCAACGGAAUCUUUCCUACGGUUCCUGUCGCUGCCGGACAACGAAACCAGCUGCGUAGAUCUCAAGUUGGCGGCGGUCAUUAUCAUCAGUCAUCUGGACCGCUUGGCAAAGCCGCACCUGCCCGCUGGCAACUACUCCACUAAGGGUGUGAGUAAGUUUGCAAAUUCACAGAAAAUAUUCACCCUCGGAUGGAGCGCUUGCUCGCCGGAACUGUACGGGUUUACUGCAAACGAAUCGGCUAGCUGUGACGCGUCGAUAACGGCGGCCGGCCAGCUGGUUGGGUCCAUUCCACGCUACUCAACGGCCACCAUCGACCUGCCCAUCGGCGUCCACGUGCGCCAGGUGGUUUGUGCGGAAAACUGCGUGUACAUUCUGACUGGCACCGGCCAGGUGCUGUCUCUGCCCCACACAAACUGUACGGAAAAUGGUUCCCCCAAGCCGGUGGAAGGACUCGAAUGCGCCAAUAUCGUCCAGCUGGCCGCACAUAGCGAAGGACGUCACGUGCUCGCCCUCACCGUGAGUGGGGACGUUUUCUCCUGGGGCAAUGGAGAAGGCGGCCGUCUGGGGCAUGGCGAUACAAACCCGAAAGAAUUGCCAACGCGCAUCACGGCCCUGACUGAUCGGCAAGUAACUGGAGUAUUUUGCGGCUCAUCCUACAGCGCGGCCAUUACGGCGAACGGUGAUCUGUACACGUGGGGUCGCGGGACGUACGGACGGUUGGGUCAUGGAAAUUCAGAGGACAAGCAUUCCCCCACACUCGUCACGGCGAUUAAGCCUCACCGAGUGGUGCACGUGGCGCUGGGCUGCGGGGAUGCGCAUUCUCUCUGCGUCACCGAUAAUGGGCUCGCUUUUGCCUGGGGCGACGGUGAUUUUGGCAAACUCGGCAACGGUUCCUGCAACGGAUCGUCUAUCCCGGUGCAAAUCGAUUUACCGCAGGCGACUGUGAUGAAGGUGUUUUCUGGUUCGCAGUUUAGCGUGGCGCUAAGCCGUGACGGAACGGUUUACAGCUGGGGAAAAGGCCACGGUGGACGGUUGGGACACGGCAAUUCGGAGCAUUCACCCGUUCCAAAGAUGGUGCAAGCACUGCAAGGCAAGAAAAUUGUGCAUUUGGCAGUAGGAUUAGCGCACUGCUUAGCGCUCACCAGCUCCGGAGAGCUGUAUGGAUGGGGUCGAAACGACUUUCAGCAAAUCUGCCCCGGUUGUGUGACACGUGAUCCCAUCAUCCUUACGCCGAUUCUCACGACUCCACCUACGUUACGUAUUGCGGGCAUGGCAGCGGGAGCAGCCCAAAGCAUCGUAUGGUGUCAUUCGUCCACACUCGGCAUCCCGGUCAAGAUCCCAUUCGUGGUGGAUCUAAGCGAACACACUUUCCGGCUUCUCGAUCAGCUACUGUGCAUGGUAAGCGUCACAUCCACGGACGCAUCCCGGCAUCCGCCCAGCCAGGAGGCAGAAUGCAUCGCCGUGGCCUCGCUGAACCUUCUACGUCUACAGCUGCACGCGAUGAUUGUAAAUAACAUCCACCCGCGACAAGUCGGGCUAGUCGAGGGGUCGCGCUUACUCGCCAGCUUCAAGACACGCAUUCUCAGCCUAGCCGGAGGUCCUGUCGUGCUUAAAACAAUGCAGGAAGCCGCCCAGUGGACGUUGCAGGUCGGCUGGAGCAUCAUCCUGCCGACGGCGUCGGAACGUGCGCAAACGCUCACCUCGCUGCUACCGGCAGGACAUGAUGGCGGUGCGGCAACCAGCGCAGGACAUCGCUUCAUGACCGACUUACUCGUUGGUUCGCUCAUGGCCGAGGGUGGCCUGCAGACGGCCCUCAAUCAGGCCAUCAAUCACCAGCUGCAUCAAAACCCAUUCCAACCGCAGGAAACUCACAGUGGCAGUGGGACACACCUUUCACUGUUGCACCUGCUGAAGCAGCUACUUCGCAACAAUUGCAGCCUGACCCAGGCUCGACUGGGUCAGCUCAUGCUCGGACCGUAUCUCAAACCCGACGAGGGAUUCUCUUCGCCCGAGCCCCCGUCGCCUAGCUUAGAUUUGUUGCAUAAAUUUCAGCGGUUGCUCCUGUCGUACUUGUACGCCUCCAAAGCGGACGAUCUGAGCGGGGCCGAAGCGCUGCUCUACACCUACAUCCAGCAGCUGGUGGGCCCGUGCGUAAACACGCUGGCGAAGGCGUACGAAACUAUCCUGCAAGGAAAGGACGGCGUGUUGGAGAUUCUGCGCAACGACAUCUCCGACGCAUUGCUGCACGAGCUCCUGAUCGGACUGGUGCUGAUCCAACAGGACAAACCGGCACUGUUGGCCAACUUUGACUGGAAUCGGCACUUUAUUCCCCUGCUCAACGCCCUCGACGGGUUCAACCGUCUCACGCAAGAGGGCCAACUGCACGACACGGAUGAUAUGGGUUGGCCAGGCAUAAUCUGCCGAGGUACUGCCAAAGCCAUCCCAGUACAGGAGGAGCCGGUGUUGAUCCGGCGCAGCGACAUCGACAAUCACAUCCGGGAUGGCGGCAGCUGGGUCGUCAUCAACGGGAAUGUGUACGACGUGAAGGACUAUGUACCGGACAAUCCGCUUACCCAGGAGCUGCUGCAAGCUAACGCCGGGAAAGACAUAUCGCUUGAAAUCGGCAAUCCGCAGCAUCGGGCAGCGUUCGAGUUUAUAACUUCGUAUCUGCGAGUCGGUCGGUACGCGGUCAGCGAGAUGCACGACAGCGGUGCGAGUCCUAGGCCCAUGGUCACGCUGACGCUCUUCCACUCAGAGUGUUUGUUGGCUUAUUUGCUGGGUUUGCGGGCGAGCAUCCUGCAAGCAGGAUCGGCACUGCAACCUGCCGAACUACAGUGUCACAAUCUGCUCAACUCGCAUGUCCUGAGUGGUGGCCUACAGGUACUGCAACCAUCGAAUCCUUUUGACGAGGAAAAAGGCGAAGCGCGAAGCAGUGGAUCAACGGCCGGAAGCACUCCGACGGAUGCAUCCGCACAACUUCCCAUCUCCGCCGACGGACUGCCCGUGAUGGCCAGCUGGCCAAUGGUUCUAAUUACACAACGCGUCGAUACCCUGCUGGCUAACUUGGGCGAAGGUAAAAUGACAGAUCCGCUCGUGGCGUCCUGGAUCACGAUGUGCGAACGCUACUGCAAGGAACAUCAUCUUAUCUGGCACCAAGAAUUUCCACCUGAACACCCGGUGCUCGAACUCGAGCGGCUACUGAUGGCCGUACUAAUCCGCCACCAAGCACUCGGACCGCUCGCGUUGGCCGUCAUCGAUCGGGAACUCGGCAAUGGAACUAGCUCAAAACCACCGCAGCCAAUUGUCGGCAUCAUUCGCACCGUGCACCAAACGAAAUGGGCUAUUGUAAAGAUGCGCCAACAAUUGAACCGGAGCUACAAGGAGGUGUGCGCCCCGAUGAUUGAUAAGUGUCGAUUUUUGCUGUACGAGAUCCGGCCCGCCAUUAGCCUCGAGCAGCAUGGCCUAACGCGGUUGCACAUUUUACACCGGCCACCUCGUUUCCAGGCCCUGGUUCGACGCAUCAUCGCCGACAUGCGGGCGGCAAAACGACAGCUUAGGCUGGCAUGCGCCAAACCGGAAGACAUCGUGAAUGCAACCAUCCAGAGCCAGUUCAGUGCCGGCACGUGUAAGAUGCAAUCGCAGGAGAAUCUUGGCAGUGGUAGCAUCAAACAGCCGCCACAUUAUCAUCUCAAUCAAAGCGUGGUACAUCAACCCGGGUCGGGUGUGACGCUUUCUACAGAGAAUCUAGUCAACGAAAGCAUAAUUAAGGUGGCGAGUCUGGAGAGCCUUUGCUCGGGUAACACCCAGCGGGUUCCGGUCGAUCGUUCAGCAUCACCGGUGAUUUUGCUUACGAAUAACAGCACGCCGGUUACAAAACAUGCCUCCUCUAACGAAAAUCUGAUCGAUACAGGCUCCCAGGUUGGCGAGGCCUUGGGAACUACCGGAAGUACGAUGGUGGUUGACGUAAAUGCCACAAACGAAACCAGGGACAAUGCGUCGGAGUCAAACGAAAAAAAGAUAUCCUUCACCAACGAGGAUCAGAUCAAAACGCCUACAAACGAAAUGUACGAGAUACAUGGUGGCAUUGGAGGUGGAACUGGAGCUAAGGCAGCCAAAAGACUCUCGCAGGAUGGGGACGAUUUCAUCAACAACGUUAUUGCGAACCUGAGUGAAAAAUGCCUGUUAGAGUCGUAUCCGGUCGAGUUUAAAACCGGAAUAAGUCAGCAGAUGGUAGAUUUCAUUCUUCACGAUCAGUGCGAUGUUGAGACACUGCGUCGUGCAAUGUACUGCCAGAUCCAGCGUUAUCAGAUACGCAAGCAGGGCCUCGACAUGUUUUACGAACUAUUGCGCAUCGCUGGCCUGCUGGACGCCGUACAAUACAGCCUGUUUAAUGGUUUUCUUGGGUUACACCUGGGCCAUGGUUUAAUUCAGGACUAUAUAACCGUUGGUGGUGGAGAAGCAUUGCCACAGCAGCCAGUACAGCAACAACAGCCGCGUGGUGCGGACCACGUUCUGGACAAUCUAAACAUGAUUACUGCUUACCAAAAGGCAAACAUAUUGAUUGCACAGGCAAAGAUUAUCGAGUGGACCGUGGGUGAGCUGCAAAAGUACGUCAACCAGGACAAGAUUAAUGGGCGCUAUCGAACACAUGGCGACAAAGACAACUCGAAUCUCGGCACGUACGUGUUUCUGAAAAAGCUGCCCCGGGCCCGCUUUCUGCUGAGCAUUUUCGGCAUUCUUUCGCGCACGUACGAAGCUAACGAGCUAAGUCUGCUGGUUAACUCGGGCAUUCUGGGCAGCAUUACGGGCCUGUUACGACAAACUGGAGCCGAUAUUCCCAGCAGCAAACACACCUCCGAUACAUCGGUCAUUUACGAGGAUGUUGUCACGAAUCUGAAAUCCUGCAAAGAGGGUCUUUCCGGACCAGAGCUUUCAAAGUUCAUCAAGAUAGGCACAAGGAUCGCGCGUGGUGCCGAUUGGAAAUGGGGCGAACAGGAUGGACCUGGUGGUGAGGGACGCAUUAUUAGUGAAAUUGGAGAAGAUGGAUGGGUUCGCGUAGAAUGGGACAACGGUUCUACAAAUUCGUAUCGCAUGGGCAAAGAAGGAAAGUACGAUCUCCGCCUUGCGGAUAGUGCACUCAAGGCACUCUCCCCCGACAAGGACAGCGAACGGGAGGAUUUCAUCGAUCACUCCUUAAGCCACGAAUCGCACCCAACGAAACUGCUCCGCAACGUGUGCAUCAAAACGUUACAAAUGCUGUUCGCUUCGGUCGGAUUGCACGCGGAAAAAAUGGAAGAAAACGCGCUCCGUGGCGUGGCGUCUAUGUUCCGGACGAUGCUGCAACCAAACGAAUCUCGCACGGUCAGUUCGUACAACUUUGGUCUAGAACAGUGGACCGUGCUUGGCUUUUUGCGAGCCAUCUCCUGCUCACCGGCGCUGUCUCGCCAGCUAACAACCCCACUGUGGAUUGAACUGGCCUUUGAGAUUCUCAACGCACCGAUAGCCAGUAAAAAGGAUGUGUAUAAAAAGCUACACUGCCUGCGACUACUUCAAUCCACGCUUGUAAAUUGGUCGCAAGAGGAACGCCUCCGGGUGGAUGGCAUAAUUCGUCAACUGUUCGAUGUACUGGGUCGGAUUUCGCUCACGUGCCCAAACGAUUCUUCGUUGCUUUCCAGCAGCUCGGUGGAUGCUAAAUCACGUGUCUUGUACAGCGCCUCGCACAGUGGUACGGUAGCGGAAGAAAUGGUCCUGCUCAUCAGGCGUCUACACACACUGCCACUGUGGAACGAAAGCAUUAACUCGUUUAUCCAGCAAAAGCUGUGCCUCACAGCCGAUGUGUUGCUCGUCAACGAGCUGGACGGUAUCACUGAGGAUGAGAAGCGAGCCAUCAUGGGAACACUCGGUACGAUUGGUGGAUGUGACUCGCGACCACGAAUCGGACUAAACAUUACGCUGGAUGGUGUCCGUGGCACAAUCUCGCGGCUCACCAAAAAGGGCAAGGUGGUGAUGAACGUCCACGGGGCUGCGGAAACGAAGAAAAUUCCCAUCUUCAAGGUAGGCGAGUACGCCGACGUGGGCGCCUUCAGUCUUUCGAAACUAACAAUCAGCGAGAUGCUGCUCAACUCGUGGUCCGUCAUGUUUUAUGGCAUCGGGCAGCUAACGCCAGCAAACGGUGGAACCACUAGCGACGGGGCGGCCAGCAUGUGUCUACUACAAAGUCAACAGAUCAACUUUGCCACACUGAAAGCCACAAAGGUGCUGUUUCGCAACCAGAGCCUGCUGCGGCGGAUACUCCGUCAGCGAUCUCCAGGAAUGGCGAAAAGUGGUUCACGUGACAGCGUAUCAUCGGAUCGGGACGAUGGCAGUCCGGAGCUAGAUGGUGGCAAAACUCGCAGCGAAUCCAACACCUCGGACGAAUCACCGCAGGCGUUUUACACGGCGGAACUACUGAUACAGACUAUUUUGCUGCGCGCAACGCAACCUAGCCCUCUAAAAGCGUGUUACACGUACCACGAGAUGGAACUGGCGGCGCUCAAUAUAUCCCAGAUGUUGGCUAGCCAUAUGCACUAUAGCUCCGCUCAAGGACCGCCCGGGCAGGUUGGUCCAUCGGGUGGAAGCAACCAACGACCGAUGGCACUCAGCCAACCGACCAUGAUUCAUGGUGUACCCGUGUACAACAAUGAGACGGCUUCGCUUGACCUUACGGGAACAUCCGGCAUUGGAUCGCUGGAAAGCGCCUCAACAAGCACGCGUGGAGGACGAACUCGUACAUCAAAUACCAACGUGUCGCCUAGCCCGCUCGUGUCGCAAAUUAUGGAAAUGGGAUUCUCUCGGAAAUCCGUCGAGUUGGCCAUGAAAAGCCUCAUGCAGCAGAAUCAACACGCAUGCCCGACAGCCGAACAAAUCAUUCAGUGGAUUCUGGAGCAUCCCGACCUGACGGCUAGCGUGGGUUUGGGAUCUUUGGGGAAAUCCAGAGAUGCACCUGAUUUCAAUGAUCCAGACCAGCGUGGACAUAGCGAUACCGAAAGCGUCAGCUCGGAUACGAUAGAGGGUGGCUCAUUACAACAUGACUACCAUCACCACCAAGCCAGCGCAACCUACAAAUGCCGGCAAGACUUUAAAUCCGCGGAUCAGUACGCGAUGUACGUGCGAGGUAUCAUCUGUCCGGGUAUGCUCGUACGCUGCUGCCAGGAAUUUGAGGAGAUACGCAAGGGUGACAUUGGCACAGUACAGAAGGUAGAACCGGAAGGCUUGCACGAUCUUAACGUGCGCGUUGACUGGCAAAUGCACGAUCGUCCCUACUGGAUGUGCUUCGUGCACUUGGAAAUGCUAGAACCACCGACCAUGACGACCGAUGCCCUCGGUGGAGGAAGCGGCAGUGGGAUCAUGGUGGGUUCACAAGUGCGACUCUUGCGAACGUACGUUUCUCGCCAUAGGUUUCCAUCGUUGUCUGCGGGACCACGUGGGACAACCGGUGUGGUUACGUCCCUGAGCGGAAGUGAGGCCACAGUUGAAUUUGCUCAGCAACCGCCGUGGAAAGGUAGCGUGAAUGAGCUGGAGCUAAUUUCUAACCCAACGAGCUAUGGUACCGGAAAUGGAGGAUCAUCCUGCGCUACUACUGGUUCCGGUGGGCUUUAUGACAUCAUCGACGAUUGGUCACGGUGCAUCCGUUCGCUAACGGUCUCAUCGAACGAAGCGUCGGCUAAACAUCUGCUGGACCGGAGUGCCAACAACUACUGGCAGAGUGCAAGCACAGCGGUCCAGGGAAAACACUGGAUCCGGCUCGAAAUGCACCAUCAGGUGUUGGUUCAGUCUCUCUCGAUCAUCGUUGAUCCGGAUGACUUCUCACACAUGCCAUCGCUGGUGGUUGUUCGCGUGGGAGAUGAAAGCUUUACGCUAAACGACCUGUGCUGGGUUUCAAUCAACCCGACCGCGUUAACGGUCCCACUCCUGACCGAUUGCAAGCAGUAUUACCGCUGGAUCGAGAUCCGUAUCAAGCAGUGCCGCAACAAUGGCAUCCAGUGUAAGGUUCACGGGCUGUCGAUCGUAGGCAAGCGUCGCCAAACAGACGUGGACAUGAUGCUGCAGAGUGUCGGAUUUCUCGCGUCCGAGAACGAAACAAUUGCUGAGCCAAGUUACUCGACCUCGUCCAACUACGCCGACGAACCUUCUUCGCUAAAUGACGACGUCUCAUCGAAGGUGCUCGUAUGGGGACUGAACGAUAAGGAGCAGCUAGGAGGUCUGAAAGGAUCGAAGGUGAAACUUCCCACCUACUCAUCCGUGCUUAGUCAGCUGAAACCGAUACACAUUGCGGGUGGUUCCAAGUCUCUGUUCAUCGUAUCGCAGGAUGGGAAGUUGUACGCCUGCGGCGAAGGCACCAACGGACGCCUCGGUCUAGGACACAAUAACAACGUUCCCACUCCGAAGCAAGUGCCGAUUCUAAGCCAGUACGUCGUCAGCAAGGUAGCCGUACAUUCCGGUGGUAAACACGCCAUGGCACUCACGCUGGACGGGAAGGUAUUUUCGUGGGGCGAAGGUGAAGAUGGAAAGCUGGGCCACGGAAAUCGACUGACGCUUGACAAGCCCAAACUCAUCGAGACGUUACGAACCAAGCGAAUACGAGAUGUUGCGUGUGGUUCGAGCCACAGUGCGGCAAUCACCAGCUCCGGUGAGCUGUACACCUGGGGUCUGGGUGAAUACGGUCGCUUGGGUCACGGAGACAACUGUACGCAGCUUAAACCCAAGCUGGUUACGGCGCUACAGGAGCACCGAGUUGUACAGGUAGCCUGUGGCAGUCGAGACGCACAAACGCUCUGCCUAACGGAGCAAGGAUUGGUGUUUUCUUGGGGUGAUGGAGACUUUGGAAAGCUAGGCCGUGGUGGCUCGGAAGGAUGUUCUAUCCCGCACCAGGUGGACCGUCUAAACGGUGUCGGCGUAAUGCAGAUAGAAUGUGGGGCUCAGUUUAGCCUUGCCCUUGCCAAAUCGGGUGAGGUGUGGACCUGGGGCAAGGGUGACUACUACCGGCUCGGUCACGGAACGGAUCAACACGUACGCAAACCGACGCCGAUUCAAGGACUGCGUGGGAAAAAAGUGAUACACGUGGCAGUCGGUGCUCUGCACUGCCUUGCCGUCACUGAUACCGGCCAGGUGUACGCCUGGGGUGACAACGACCAUGGCCAGCAAGGAUCGGGCAAUACGAUCGUCAACAAAAAACCCAGCCUUGUGCUCGGAUUGGACGGUAUCUUUGUGAACCGGGUGGCUUGUGGUAGUUCGCACUCGGUAGCCUGGAGUUUGCCACAAAAUCCGACCGACAAGGAAAACAAGGAACCGGUACCAUUUGCUGUUGCGAAGGACCCGCUCGGUAGCCACAGUUUGGGCAUUUACGCAUCCGACACGGAGGCCACAACCUCCUCACCACGUCUGGUUGUACCAGGCGCCGGCAAGCAACAGCGACCAUCGCUAUCUGAAAUGGUCUUAUCACUGGAGACGACCAGUGCCCGGCAAGCAGCACUAUCGCAUAUUAUUAACGCUAUGAGUAUCCUACACGCUAGGGCAUGUAUUAUAGCGGCCCUUACGUGUCACUCUCAGCUGAGCGUCGUUGACAAGAUGGCUAACUAUGGUCAUAGUGGAGAUACAGGGGUACGUCCGGUUUCUCCCAUAUCGGAGCUAGAUGAAGAAACGGGAACCAAAUCAAUGCUGCCAGAAAACGCACAGCAGAACGAAACAAUUGCCCAUGGUGGAGGAGAAGGACCUGCUGACAUAGCUGGACUGGCACCAGUAACGUCAAACGAUUUCAUCGAUGGUGACAUACCACCAAUCAUUUCCGGGAUGAGUGGCACACUCGGUGCUUAUCGUAGUUUGACGGGUUCGCUUUCACUUUCGGCUUCCAUCUCGAGUUGCAAUGCCACCCAGCGACAAUCGAAAAUGUCUGCCAGUGCCAUGUCCGUAAUGGCGGCUACGAUGACGCACCACGAUGAAAUCAUGAACGAAGCAAAUGCAAGCAACCUGGAUGAUUUUACCGCCCUGCUUGGCGAACCGGAAGCGAAACAUUUGAUUGAGUUGCUGAAACUUGGCGUGUUUGGUCGAACCGGUUCCGCGAGCACAUCGGAAACGAUCGCCAACACGCUGAUUGCGCUGGCAAAAUCAAACAGCACCAUCGCUAGCAUGCUGAUUGAAACGUGCAUCACCGAGCUGGAGGAUCUGUGCACGUCGAGACAUUCGUUGGGCAAGCUGCCAAAGCCGGUGGUACAGGAAACGAGCCACCCGUACAUUGAUGAUGUUAUUCUAGUCGGACACGUAAAAAUUCCCGGUGCCGAAUCGCUCCGUAUCGAGUUCGACAGCCAAUGCUCGACGGAGCGCCGCAACGAUCCACUCAUCAUCAUCGACGGGUCGGGCAAUGUGGUUGCGACACGUUCCGGGCGUGAGUACGCACAAUGGGCCCAGGAAAUUCGCAUCCCUGGUGACGAAAUGCGCUGGAAAUUCACUAGCGACAACUCGGUCAAUGGAUGGGGUUGGCGCUUCUACGUACACGCAAUCAUGCCCGAAUCAUACCUACACGAGCUGGGCUCGGAUCGGACCGUUCUCUCGCAACCUUCGAUUGCGCUGGUGAUGGCGUUGCUUGACUCGCUCCCGGUUCCGACGACAAAUUCAAGCGUUCUCGUCCGCUUGACGUCCGCCCUGUCGCAAUGUGCCCAACUAAGUUCGCUUACCGUUGCGCAACGAAUAUGGUCUCUAAAGAAAAUGCACCAGUUACUGUGCAGCAGUGGCUGCAAUUCGCUCCCAAAGGAUGGCCCACGUGCGACGGAUGCGUCGGUGCUGGAAAUUCUGACACCUUUAGUUCCGAUCAUUCUACGUCAGUACGAGUACGAAGAACCGCAGGUGCGUAGCGGCAUUCAUCUGAUGCAUUCCGAAUACUUCAAGACAUUGGUAGCUCUAGCGUGCGAUAUGCAUCUGGACACGCUGCUGCUACCGCAGGCAGAUCCACACCGAUGGGCCUGGUUCCGACGGUACUGUUGGGCGGUACGUGUCGCCCAGGCACUGAUUCGUCGCGCAAACCUUCCAGCCUCGUUCUGUCUCGAGGUGCGUAACAAGCUGGCCGAAAUAGCUUCCCCAGCAACACCAGCCCAAACCACGGCCAGUGUCCAAAGCAGUAGUAGCGCCACAAGCCAAACCGGUACGGAUGGCAUGAUUGUUUCGCUUCUACAUCACACCUCUAGUCACACGAGCUUGCUCAGCCAAAGCCAUCCGUUAGCGUUUGAUUUGAGCAGCACAAUCAGCACCAGCGGCAGCACAACCACCAGCAGUAGCAGCACCGGUACUACCACCAUCACUGCGGGCAGUAGCGAUCCUUCGCCAGCCGCUCCUACCACUGCCAGUGAGGUGGUAAAGUAUCUCCAUGAGGAUCACGGCUAUUUUACGCCCCAGUACGACUCGCAGUUACUCCAGUGGUUCAACCGACGACCCGAGGAUUGGGCGUUUUCGUGGGGUGGCGCGAGUACAAUCUUUGGCUGGGGACACAACCAUCGUGGCCAACUCGGUGGGUUGGACGGAAGUCGCAUCAAAAUUCCAACGCCAUGCGAAGCGUUGAGUUUGUUACGUCCGGUUCAAAUAGCCGGUGGAGAGCAGACGCUGUAUGCCGUGACGCCCGACGGGAAACUGUACGCGACAGGAUACGGUGCCGGAGGACGUCUGGGAAUUGGUGGAAUCGAUUCCGUUACUACACCAACGCUGGUUGAAUCACUGCAGCACGUUAUGAUCAAGAAAGUGGCCGUUAACUCAGGCGGAAAGCACUGCCUAGCGCUCUCCUCCGAUGGGGAGGUGUUUUCGUGGGGCGAAGGAGAAGAUGGCAAACUCGGUCAUGGAAACCGCGACAGCUACGACCGUCCCAAGCUUAUUGAAGCCCUAUCCGGGAUUGGUGUAGUGGAUAUUGCGUGCGGAAGUGCGCACUCAGCCUGCAUCACCAUCCAGGGUCACGUGCUGACCUGGGGCAAAGGCCGUUACGGUAGACUAGGACACGGAGAUUCCGAGGAUCAGCUACAGCCCAAACUAGUGGAGGCGCUACUCGGUUACCGUGCGAUCGACAUCGCUUGUGGUUCCGGUGACGCCCAGACGCUCUGUAUCACGGAUGAUGACAACGUGUGGAGUUGGGGCGACGGAGACUAUGGCAAGCUGGGACGAGGCGGAUCCGACGGUUGCAAAGUUCCGAUGAAGAUAGAAAGCCUAGCGGGACUAGGCGUGACGAAGGUUGAAUGUGGGUCGCAGUUUUCCGUUGCUCUCACACGCUCUGGAAGUGUUUACACCUGGGGCAAGGGUGACUAUCAUCGGCUUGGCCACGGAAAUACGGAUCACGUUCGGAGACCGAAAAAGGUGGCCUCCCUGCAGGGCAAAAAGAUUAUCUCGAUCGCGACCGGUUCGCUGCAUUGUGUGGCUUGUAGUGAUGGAGGACAAGUCUUUACUUGGGGGGACAACGAUGAAGGACAGUUGGGUGAUGGUACGGUUUCCGCCAUUCAACGUCCCAGGCUGGUGCAAUCACUCCAAGGGAAGCACAUCGUCAAGGUGAUCUGUGGAUCGGCUCACACGCUCGCUCUUUCUACGUACCAACUGAGUGAAGCGGUCCGACCACCACCAUCACCACCACUCGAGUACGAUCUGGUUAGGGAUAUUGCGCCGGAAGUUCUGCACGCGCGUCUAGUAUUGCUGCAUCACUUCUCUGAGUUGCUGUGUCCUUGUUUGGCAAUGCUGCCAAUCGCGGGUGCUCUUUCCCUGGCAUCACUCAAGGAUGUGCUUGUGUACUCGAUCAAGGAAACGGGCUUCCGGAAGGUCAUCCAAACGACGAUGGUGCGUGACAAACCGCACGGUCCCGUGAUCGAGCUGAACCGCAUCCAAGUAAAACGGUCACGCAUGCGCUCCGGCAACGGACUCGCCGGUGUCGACGGCAUGAAGAGCGUGUUUGGUCAGAUGGUCCAGAAGCUGCCACUUCUAACGCAGGAAGCACUUUCGAUGCCGCACCGUGUGUGGAAGGUGAAAUUUGUCGGCGAAAGUGUAGACGAUUGUGGUGGUGGAUUUAGCGAAUCGAUUGCUGAAAUGUGCGACGAACUCCAGAACGGAAGUGUCCCUCUGCUAAUACAGACACCAAACGGUCGGGGUGAGGCGGGUGCCAAUAGGGACUGCUUUUUGCUGGAUCCAACUCUCACUUCUAUGCUGCACAUGAACAUGUUCCGGUUUCUGGGCGUCUUAAUGGGGAUCGCCGUUCGCACCGGAUCGCCACUGAGUCUAAACCUUGCCGAACCCGUUUGGCGCCAGCUAUGUGGAGAGACGUUACGUCCGUCCGAUCUGACGGAGGUAGACCGUGACUACAUAACCGGUUUACUGUACAUUCGAGACGUAGAGAGUGACCCAAAAGUGUUUGCUUCCAUCGAGCUGCCGUUUUCUACUCCCUCUGCCAAAGGCCACGAAGUUGCUCUGUCCACAAAAUAUACCAAAAUAACGCCGGAAAAUCGCAACGAAUACGUGAAACUUGCGCUCAACUACCGAAUUCAUGAAUUCGAUGAACAAGUGAAAGCCGUUCGGGAUGGCAUGUCAAAAGUGAUCCCAGUGCCGCUGCUAUCGCUCUUUUCCGCCGCGGAACUGCAGGCGAUGGUGUGCGGUUCGCCAGACAUUCCGCUUUGCCUGCUAAAAACCGUAGCCACGUAUAAGGGCGUCGAAUCGACGUCCUCACUCGUGCAGUGGUUCUGGGAGGUGAUGGAGGAGUUUACCAACCAAGAGCGAUCUCUAUUUCUCCGCUUUGUAUGGGGCCGCACGCGAUUGCCCCGCACGAUUGCCGAUUUCAGAGGUCGCGAUUUCGUUCUGCAGGUGCUGGAUAAGUACAAUCCUCCGGAUCACUUCCUACCUGAAAGCUACACUUGCUUUUUCCUGCUUAAAAUGCCUCGAUAUUCUUGCAAGGCUGUUUUGCAAGAGAAACUUAAAUAUGCUAUUUACUUUUGCAAAAGCAUCGAUACGGAUGAGUAUGCACGGGUCGCGAUUGGCGACCCAACCGAGGCGACUGGGAGCGAGGAUAACAGUGACAUCGAGUCGGUACUAUUCUAA